AUGCUGUUGUCAUCAGUCCGCUUUCUCAGCCUUCUACUCCUCUUUAAUUAUGUUGACACUGGACGAGUUCUGCGGCAGAUCAAGGAGCGUGUGCGUGAUCUCCAGCUGCAGAAAGCCAAGCAGCAUCUUUUGAUACACACAGUCAGUGGCCGUCAGCCCCUCAAACAUGUGAAGGAGGGACGCAUCCACCAGCCACUGGACCACUUCAACCGACAGGCUGUUAACACCUUCCCUCAGAGGUUCUUUGUGAAUGAGGCGUACUGGCAGCGUCCUGAUGGCCCAGUGUUCCUCUUCAUCGGAGGAGAAGGGCCCAUCUUUGAGUUUGAUGUCCUGGCAGGUCACCAUGUUGACAUGGCUGAAGAACACAGGGCUCUGCUAUUGGCUGUGGAGCAUCGUUUCUAUGGUGAUAGCAUCAACCCUGACAGCCUCAAAACAGAGAACCUGGCAGACCUGAGCAGCCAACAGGCGCUUGCUGACUUGGCUGUAUUCCACCAGUACAUCAGCCAAAGCUUCAAUCUGAGCCACAGGAACACCUGGAUCAGCUUUGGAGGCUCCUACUCUGGAGCUCUUUCUGCCUGGUUCAGAGGAAAGUUUCCUCAUCUAGUGUACGGAGCUGUGGCCUCCUCUGCUCCUGUAAAGGCGAAGCUAGAUUUCUCUGCCUACAACAAUGUUGUGGGCUUGAGUCUCAGGAACGAAGCAGUCGGUGGCUCAGAAAAGUGUCUGGCUGUUGUGCAGGAAGCCUUUGCUGCUGUGGAAGUAGCCCUAAUGGGCGGCAAUGUCAGCCAGGUGGCUGUGGACUUUGGCUGCUGUCAGAUCCCAAAGGAUCCUGAUGAUCAGAUUGAACUGAUGCAAAACCUGGCCGACAUCUUCAUGGGAACGGUGCAGUACAAUGAAGAAGGGUUCCUCAUGUCUAUCAAUGAGCUCUGUGGUCUCAUGACCAAUAAGAGUGAGGCAUAUGAGGAGGAGAUGAAGGCUUACAACCGCCUUGUUAGACUUGCACAGAUUUACCGCUCCACCAGUGAAGAACCCUGUCUGGACAUCUCCCAUGAGAAAGCAGUGAAGGAUCUGAUGGACACGUCCCUCCAUUCAAGCAGGAGAACAGCAAGACAGUGGACCUACCAGACCUGCACUGAGUUUGGCUUCUACCAGACUUGUGAGGAUGCCACUUGUCCGUUCUCCGGGAUGCUGACCCUGCAGGUUGAUACUCAGCUCUGUCCCCUCCUGUUUGGCAUUUCCCAGCAUUCCCUGCCAGCACGCAUCACCUUCACAAACACCUACUAUGGAGGAGACAAACCUCACACACACAGGGUCCUUUAUGUCAAUGGUGGAAUUGACCCAUGGCAGGAGCUGUCGGUGGUCCAGGACAGGACUGAGGAAGAGGAAGAGGCUCAGACCAUCUUCAUUGAAGACACCGCUCACUGUGCAGAUAUGACGAGCAGAAGAGUCACAGACCGUCGCUCGCUCAAGAAAGCCAGAAAGGCCUUGUUGGCCGCAGAGGAGGGAGCACUUGAGCCUCGACAGGGAGUGACAAAUAACUGCAGCAGCACUGACAUGCAGAAUGGUCCCACAGUGAACCUGCCUGACUCUGUGGUGCAGGAGAGAAACCAGCACCCUGCAGAGUUGAAAAGACCCCAUAGCUGCACGGCUGCUGCGGGGCCCUCACAAGGCGGCCCCACGGUCAAACUCCGGGCCGCCCACGGAGACGCCUGCCCCGGCCUGCUGUUCCCCGCCAAGCCGCUGCUGAUUGAAGUGCGGCCGCCUGUUGGCCCCUCACAGCGGGACCCGGGGAAGAGGAGCCGAGCACAAGGAGCCAAAAAGGAAGGGACGCUUUUCUCUCCCCCUGUCUCCCACAGCACCGAGCAUCCCGAGGCUCUGCGAGCCGGAGCGAGAGGCGCACCAGUCGGAGACGAGGCGCUGCAGGAAGCCGCUGCUCCCUUUCUCCAGGGUUUCUGGACUACACCGGACCCGGCCCCGGACAGGACUGGAUACGGCGAAUAUUUACGUCUCGGUGGGACAUUUUACACCAUUUACCGGAGCCGUGUAUUACUCAACACCACCAGGAAAUAG